UCAAGGAAAAAACACAUGGAUGGCGCGGAGAGCGUCAUGAAUUAAUAUCUUCUUUCCCUUAAAUUUUGUGUCAUUUGUGACCACAGUUGCGGGUUGUAUUGUCUAUCAUGGGGUCCGAGAACUGCUUUAUGACAAAAGAACAUCUCAACGAACGAAUUCUUCGUUCUCCAUGGUCAGAAUACCCUUUGCCACCGUUACACCGCGCUUGCCGAGAUGGAGAUGUGCAAAGUUUGUUAUAUCUUGUUAUUCAGGGUGACCGACUCGAGGUCUUUCGCUGUGUAAACGAGAAGGAUCAGUUCUUAAUGUGGACUCCAGCUCACUGGGCAGCAUACUUUGGUCAUCUGGAAUGUCUUAUGCGGCUCGUCAGCUGUGGCCUUAGCCUUGAUGUCAUGGAUGGUAGACUCAAGCAAACAACUUUACAUUUGGCAGCAUUUGCUGGAAAUGCCCUUGUGCUAGACUGGAUUCUUCAUGCUGGAGCAUCUAUUGAUAAACAAGAUAGCCUGGGGGAAACUGCUGUGCACAAAGCUGUACGUGGUGAUAGUGUUGAGUGUUUGGAAGUGUUACAGAAGUACAAAGCACCAAUGAAUAUGCCCAAUAGCAGUCAACAAACCCCAUAUGAAAUAGCACUCUCACUUAAAGGCCAAUGUAUAGAAUACUUCAGGGUUGUUCUUGAUUUAAAAUAUUCAGCUGGGCCAAUUUCUAGAUCUGGUAAGCGCUCACUUGAUGAUGAUGAUGAUCUGGAAAACUCUGCGAAGAAAUCAAGGAAUGAUUCAGAUCAUUUAGCCAUCAACCAAAAUGGCUUUCACACUCCUAUUCAUAAUGACCAAGAAAUCCUUUCCAUGAUGGAAGCCAAUGGACAGUAUCCUCUUAUAGAAAAAAGGGAAAGCAGUCCAUUUAACAGACAACUAAAUGGAACUGUCAAUGGAGAAAGAAAUGAACACAUGAAUGGGGAUUGCGAUAUGCAGGAAGAUCAUAGCUCUAAUGGCCAGAAUGCUUUACAUACUGAAAGUACUUAUUUCACUCAGUCACCAAUAAGAUGCCUGACACUCUGUGGCCACCUUCAGUAAAGUACAUAAUCUCUUUCUUGUAAAAAACUUUUUAAUAACUUUUGUAAUUUGAAUUUACUUCAUAUUUCACUAUUCAGACCUGCACUACAUAAAUAUCUUGUAUAAUAAUAAUCAUUUUGAUUGUUUCUAAAAGCAAUUUUUUAAACUAUUAUUUUAAACUAAAUGGAUUUACUUAGGAUCCACCCAACUAUGAAGUCAAAUGAUGUYCUUUCUGUUAUUGGUCCUUCAUGGCUUGACAAAUUUUGCUAGCAUCUUUUCUUAACGUGAUAUUUAUUGAAUGUCACUAGAUUUUUACAGCCAGAUAUUCUUUUUUAGAAAACUGACAACUGUGGAAUCUUUAUAUCUUGUGCUCAUUUUGAUGAUACCAAAUGGUUUUGUGUUUUUUCCUUUUUUUUCCUCUGAAAAUGGGUAAACCAACCCACUGCUCAUUAAAAUUUGUAGAUUCUAAAAUCAUCUGACUUCAUAAUGAUUUCAUCGCAUGACCUCAUCCAGUUAUCUUUUUUGUCAAACCUAUAUUUUGUACUGUUGGGGGAGACAUAAUUAUAGGGUUUAUGGUUUUUGGAAAAUUUUUACCUAGCUUUUUGGAAAAUUGUUUUUGAAUAUGGUUUUACAGUUUCAUCCAAGUCUGUGGUAUGCAGAUUUUGCAACUUUUGGACUUGGUUUUUGCUGAAGUCCAAUAAUCUAUGCUGUAUUUACGUUUCUGUCUUUUUACUCUAGUUUGGACUGAAUUUGAGUAAGAAUGUGAAUGCAGUUUCAGUCAACUUUUGACAGGGUAUUGCAGUUUUUGCCCAAUUUUCAUGGUUUGGUGGUCUUGGUACACCUACACUGGCACCCUCUGUACAUUGUCAUUCCAUACACUAUCACAAGUUUCUGCUAGACAUGAUGAGCUGUGUUAAAAAACAAAAAAUACCUUGAAGGGUUAUGAUAGUCCUUUGAGUCCCUUCCCUACAGAAUUUUCUAUAAAACAGCUAAAACAUGCUUCCUUCAUGAUUCUUAGAAAUGAACAGUCCACACUGUUUUUUUAUUCAAUCAGUCACAAAGGUACCAUACGUGGAGAUAAAAAUGAUAUAUAGAAAUCAAACUUUGUUUUUGUAGCUAGAUGCGUACUUGUUUAUAGUAUUCCAAAGACAUAAACAUCAAAUAUGUAUAGGUAGCUAUUUUAAAAGACAAUAAUGGCAAUGCAAUGUUAGUGAUUUUACUUAACCUGUGGGGAAAAAAUUACUUGUUUAUGUUUGAUAGCUAAAUAGGCACUAUGAAAAAGGAUGAAAGUAAGAUCUACUAACCUGUAUUAUUAGUAUAAACCUACUAAUAGCCUAUCACAAAUCCUUUGUUCUGAUUGGCUGAGUACUAGCGAAUAGUGCCAGUUUUGAAAACCAAAACAACGCAAAAAGUAAAGUUAUUUCAAUUUAAUUUCAAAGGUAUUUGUAUCCAUUUAUUUGACAGAUCCUCAGGUUCAUAAUAAAGCAUUUAGAUCCUUU